AUGGGGCGAAAGGGAGGCGGCGGCGGCACAGCAGGUGGGACAAGAAGCAGUGGGCGAAACGAUGUCACGUACCAGAGAGUGGUACCCCGGUUUCUGAGAGGUUUGAUUGCGGAGGCUGAUGGCCAGGGUGGGCGAGAGAAGGUGCGAAAAGGCGAGAAUCAGGACGGCCCGUGUGCUGCGGAUACGGAUGACAAGAGUUCCAUUCUGUCUCCCUCCGCUCGAGGGCAAGGGAAUGUGUCGGAAGAGAAAAUUUUCACGAUUGUGGAUGACCACCGAGGUAAUGCAGAAGGUGUGACGAAGGCUGAAACAGAAGAGGACGAUUCAAUUGUAACAGCAAAGAGCCCACAUCAAUCUCGCAUUACGGUUUCAAAGUCGCAGCUACUGCAAGGUGGAAUUGAAAAGAAGACGUCACGCGUGAAAAGACCGUCAAAGACAUUCGGAAGGAAAGACCGCACGAGGCUGAGCUUUGCCGAAUCUGACUCUGACAGCGGCACAGAUUAA